GCGCCCGGGAGGGAGGCUUGUGGACGCGCGGGCAUAAAAGGGCUGCGCAUCAUCCGGAACGGACAGCGUUGCCUUCCGAGGGUCGUGAAGGCGGUAUGGCUAUGAAGUUCCCAGUGAUUCUGGCAGCGCUGGGGGUGCUGCAAUGUGUAGUAGCUCUGCCCACGACUCCUCCUCUCAAGCAGACUGGAGAAGCUCCUGGAGCGAAGGCAGCCAGCGACGGCAUGCGCGGCAUGACCGGCGACGUGACUAAUCAAAAUGUCCCCACAUCGACUGAAGCAUUGGCACGUGAGGUGACACCUUCAGCUCCCUCUCCUCCUGCAAAAUUUGCAAUAGCCAAUGGAGUCGGGCCUCCCGCCCUUUCCUCGGACACCGAUAAACAAUUUAAGGAAACAUCUGCUUCCGCCAGUGACAACACAGAGAAGUCUGAUGAAACAAGUUCUACUCCUACUGCUAAGCCCUCGUCGAAUCCAACUGAAGAGGCUACGGCAGCUGGCACCACCUCGCAGUCCAGAACAUCCGACCAACCGCUGCCUGCGAGUGCGCAUCCACUGGCGCAGGCCAAGGAACAAACCACCCCGCAAUCCAAUACGCCAGACCGACCGCUGUCUAAGAGUGAAAGUCCGUCAGCCGAAUCAGCGCAAAGCACGAAACCAGGCGUCGAAUCCAAGGGAGCCUCGGGGAAACCGAAGCGUGCCGUGGUGAAAUCCACAGGAUUCGUCCGCCCAACCAGCACAAAAGUAAAGACGCCUCUAGUUAAAUCCGUGGGACAUCUCACUAACAGACACUCCGCCGGACAUGCGGCCAGAACAGAACCCACGACCAACUCCAGAAGGUCCCUCCCGCAAACCAACGCAGCCUUUCGGGCUGGCAGCACGGCGACCCGCAAGGCAGCCACUCCGACCGAGAGGACAACCACCAGCCUCCCCAAGACAUCCGAACACUCUCGUAAAACAGCUCUCCAUUCGCAGGCCAGCACUAAAACAUCCGGCGCAGCAAGGGAAAAUCGUGAUGGCGUCAGCAAGGUUGACAUCACAGCGCGACUCGCACGUAUGGUCAUGAAGCCUCAGUUGUUCGCAAAAUCAAAGGACUCCAUUGGUGCGAUUACAAAAGCUCCCAGUAAAGCUACCCCUCGACCGGUUCUUCCUGAAAAAGAUUAUUCACAUGCAAAGGAAGGUAACGUAGGGGUUUCCAAACUCAAGCGACCGACUCGGGCUGCUCUUCCCCCUCCCGCACAGCCCCCUGAGGUCACGAAGGAAGCCAGCACGACGCAGGCGAAUUCCGACCCUUCCGAAAAGACUUCUGGACAACAUAACGUUUCUACUUCUGCUGUUGGCAAAACUGGAGAAAUUGAGACUGAGAAUGAAUCAACGGUAAAUCUCAAUAUUAAAACAUCUACUAGUUUAUCCGACGUUCUUAACGAAAUGGUUGAAGCUCUGAUCUCUGCAAGUGAAAGUACAAAAGGUGACGAACGAUCUGCUACCGGAACCUCUAACUAUUCCGGUGUUCCUCAAUCAACUGAUACAGUAAAAACUACUCCGCCUACUUCUACAACUCAAAGACCAGUAUGUGUAACAUCUAAAACGACCAGAAACCCCUCUUAUCAAACUGACAGUUCUACGGAUAAAGCUCGCAUUAUUCCUGGAUUGAUACAAGAAUCAGUGGUAUCCACCGACAACCACGAUGCAACAACCGCUCCCGUGAAGGGCCCUGCCACCACUGCUAGUCAACUGGCGAUUGCGAAGAGCGCCACACACACUCAGUCGUCGUCGGAAAGAGUUCCAUGAGUUACGUGCCAGAGGAAAGGGGCGUCAGCGCUACGAGUUCCGUUGAGUUAGUGACGGGAAGGGGUGUGACAUAUGUAAUAAUUACUUCUCAGGAAAGUCCACAGAAAAACUGUCUACUACGAUUAAAAUUCCUUAAAAAGACGUUAUUUUAAUUAGCUCUUGUAUAUUUCAAAGACAUCUAUCAAAUAAUGUUCAUAUUUUGAAACGUUUUUUGUUUGUAUCAGUUUUGUAAUAACUAUUUAUAUCAUGUAUAUAUUUUGUAAUAACCAUUUAUAUCAAUUUUGUAAUCAAAAUAAACUAAA